CAACCAAAAAUGAACGGUUUAUUAGGGUUAACACUGACAGUGAUUUUGGCAUUAAAUUGCAUUGAUUUGUAUGAAUGCAAUGAAUGCAAAGCCGCUGAAAAGAAGUGCAAAAAGUUGGAGGAAUUGCAAAGCGAUGGCUCAUGCUUUGCCACUUGGGCUAAGAAUAAAUGUCCAGAUGAGAAAUCUGAGAUAUCUCAGGCCGAUGUGGACACGUAUAAAACAUGUGUGAAAACUCACCUGGAACCUUGUAUCACCGAUUCUGUGCUCAAGAGUUUGUACGUGGAUUUGUUGAGUAAGUUUGAGUUGACCAAGGUGUGCCAUAAGGACGUCCAGAAAUCGAUUGAGAGUUAUGUCGUGAAAGUGGUUGAGAAGAAUCCACACAUUUUGGACAAAGAUAAUGAACAGGAGUGCUCUGUGCUCAGGGAGGCCAUGGCUAAUGUCAAGCUCAUGACAUUGGUUGCCUUUGUGGCCGCACUGUUCGCGAUGAUUGACUGCAAGUGUGAUAUGCUUAAGGAAUUUAAGCCCGAGUUUGAUGAGAUCCAGUCGUGGGCUAAAAAGCGAUGCGAUACCAACGCGGCUCUAAGUCAGGCCGAUAUGGAUAAGGCAAAGGGCUGUUAUACCGCGAACAUCCAGCAGUUUAUGCAAAGUGCUGAUGGAAAGGUGGUCGACAAGUUCAUAGACCAACAGAUUUUCAUCAAGGAAACACUCGACGUGUGCACUAAUAAAGCCACUCAGGAUAGGAUUAAGAAUAAGGGUAUGUCUGAUGUGGGCGUUUCCCGGGGUAUGAAACUCAAGAAGGAGGUGGAGGCUGACUGUCCUAAGUUCAAGGGAGGCUUCCAGGCGUAUAAUAAAUGUGUGAUGAAAUAGUUUUCAUAACUAUUUAUGGACGCCGACAACAAUAACUAUCUAUUUGCUAAUAAAAAUAAAAUAAAUCGUUUAUUAUCUGUUCACCA